CCUCCGGCCCCCCCGAGCCGGGCGCAACCUCAGUCCCGCUCCCCCCAGGAGCGGCCCCGCUGCCGCUGUGGGCGGCGCGCACCGUACCGUACCGCGCUGUGCCGGGCCGCGCCGCGCCGGGCGGUGCCGAGCGAUGGCCGCUCCGCCGCUGCUCGUCCCGGGAUCCUCCCUGCGCGGCUCCGCCUCCGCUGGGAACCCGGAUCGCGGCGGGGCUGUCACGUCCCGGCACGGCAUAGCGCGGGUCGGCACGGCGCGGUGCGGCUGUCUCACUGCCCGCACGGCCCCUGCCCUAUUCCUGGGCACAGCUCCCUGAUUGUCACCAGCCUGCGCUGCCACGGCAUCCUGACACCUCGGGACCCCAACGCCGCAGCUCCCCAACGCCACGACGUCCCAACAUCCGGCACCCUCACCCACCGCCCCUGCCCUCCUCAGCCUCGCCACACGCCCCUGCUCCUGGGCUGCAGCCAUGGCCGGUGCCGGGUACUUGCCGCCCUUAUUUAGUACCAUACCCACUCUGUCCUCGCUGCUUUCUUGGGAAUGUCUAUUAAUAUCGAGGAAUGGUCCAGCUGCUGCCAUCACUCUGUCCUUGGUUCUCGCUGUGCUGCACUGCCCCGACCAUGGGGUGCCUCAGAGCUGCCCCAGCACAGGGUCCUGUGGGACCAACAGUCCUGCUGCAGCCCCAAAGUCCUGCUGGAGAGCCAUGGGCCAUGGGCCACUUGGCCAGCUAGUCCCACGGCCAUGGGCCUGGCAGAGGCGCAGCUGUGCCACGCCUUUGAGGAGGCCAUGGGCAUCAUUCCCACUCUCCCAGAGUCACGGAGCAGCCGUGCCACUUCUGGCCCUGCCAGGCCCAGGCAGCGGCUGCCAGCAAAGUGGGAACCCACCGCAGGGCUGGGACCCACUGCAGGACUCUGCUCCUCACCCACCUGCAGCUCACAGCCAGUGCUGGUCUGGGGCCGGGGGCUGCAGCUUUGCCUCAGCCCCUCCAGAGCAGAAAUAAGGGGUGAAAGGAGGGACUGAUGGUUUGGGCACAGCCAAAGCAACUGGGGUACUGCAGGGUGAGGAAGGUGGCACGGCCCCAAUGCUGCCCGCCUGCCCCAGUCUGUGCUGUGGGGUUAGUGGUGGUGCAGGCAGUGCUGUCCGACCCUGUCCAUACUGCUGGCCCGACAUGGGGGAAGCCCAGUCCUGGUGCUGGGGAUGACGCUCGUUGGGGCUAUUUUUAACCCUCUCCAUGCUGAGCUGUCCUGGGGCAAGGAGGUGUAGGUGAAGCAGCAACACUCCUGCCAAGAUGCUGUGUCCCUCCCUGCAGGGCUUGAAUUUCUAUCCCGACUUCAGACCCACGUUUAAUCCCCCGCUCUUGGCCAAUAACGCUUUGGCUAAAUUAGGUAAAAUGAGCCCGGUGCCAAUGAGAGGGGCCGGAUUUCCACCACGGAGCUGAUAGGCUGCUGGGGCUGGGGGCCAACGGCUGGGGGCACAGGGACACUACAAAUUGGGGAGCCAAGGAGUGUCUGGGGGCUGCUGGUGCAGGAGGUGGUGACUCCCUGCGGGAGGAGAGCAGCAGAGAUGGCGUCAAUGGUAAGUGCUCCAGUGGUGCUGGGGUGAGCUGUGGCUGGGCCAGAGGUGUUGGGCACCGCGGUGUGGGGCUGCCAGGCACCUCUAUGGGGCGAUGGCAGAGGGAUGAUUCCUGCAGGCUGGCCAUGGCAGGAGGCAGCAGGGACAUGGGGGCAGCGGGACAUGAUCCCCAUGGCAUAUAUCCCCCUAUGGGACAAGUACCCCUGUGAGACAUGCCUCAGGGAGGGAGUGCACGGCUGCCUGGGGGUAACUGGUGCAUGGGGCGAUCAGAGCUGGAUCUGGGCUAUGCGAAGGCACUGAAAGCCAAGCGCUGGGUCAUGCGACACCUCUGUGGCCCCAGACAGCCCUCGCCUCCAAGAGAAACUCGAUCCAGGGCAAACAGGUGCCUGCUGAGCACUGCUCCCUAUAAGGGGAGUUGAGGAGGGUUCAAAAAUAGUGUCGCGUGCCUGGGAUGCCAAGGCAGCAUGGCGGCCCCUGCGUCAUGGACCCCCAGUGGGCGGCUGCAUGGGGCUUGGGGCAGCUGAGCUGCAGGGCUGCCUGGGGCCUUGGCUCACUCAGGGAACAGCCACGUGCUGCAGGGCUGAGCUGGACGAAGGCUUAGCAGCUGUGCUGAGAGGCUGAGGCUUUGCACUGUGCCAGACACUGCUGCAGAUCCCCUUAUGCUGCUGACUCUGGGCAGGGGCUGUGCUGGCAGGGCAAGGGUGCAUGGGGCAGGAACUGACCCCUUCUCCCCGUGCCUUACAGACGGACCAGCAGGCGGAGGCCCGUGCCUUCCUCAGCGAGGAGAUGAUCGCUGAGUUCAAAGCUGCCUUCGACAUGUUUGAUGCGGAUGGUGGUGGGGACAUCAGCACCAAGGAGUUGGGCACAGUGAUGAGGAUGCUGGGCCAGAACCCCACCAAGGAGGAGCUGGAUGCCAUCAUUGAGGAGGUGGACGAGGAUGGCAGCGGCACCAUCGACUUUGAGGAGUUCCUGGUGAUGAUGGUGCGCCAGAUGAAAGAGGACGCCAAGGGCAAGUCUGAGGAGGAGCUGGCCAACUGCUUCCGCAUCUUCGACAAGAAUGCUGAUGGGUUCAUCGACAUCGAGGAGCUGGGUGAGAUUCUCAGGGCCACCGGGGAACACGUCACCGAGGAGGACAUAGAAGACCUCAUGAAGGAUUCAGACAAGAACAACGAUGGCCGCAUUGACUUCGAUGAGUUCCUGAAGAUGAUGGAGGGCGUGCAGUAAGGGAUCAGACAUUCCUUGGGCCGGCUGCGGCAGCCAGCCCUGCUCCUCUGCCCAGGAGUGGCCCCGCUGCAGCACCUGGCCUCACUGCUCACCCGCUGGAGCCCUGCAGCAGCUUGUGCCCCUCGGCCGGUGGCUGAGCUUUUCCUUGACUCUGACAGAUGUGGUUUAUGGAUGAGCCUCAUUAAAAGGGGAAAGGCUGAGCUGCCAGUAUGGGAGUGCCUGGGGGGGCUGUGGCUCUGUGCCCCAUGCAGGGGAACAUGGGGGAGUGUGCAGUGCCGUGCCAUACAACCAGCCUGACCUGCGAGCGUGUGAGCAGCAGUUCCCAUGGGCUGCUGGCUGGGCACCAGCCAGCGCUGAGCUCAGAGUUUCCAUCAGGAGCACUUGCUUCCCACGACAGCAGCAGCAGGGAGCACAGUCCUGUCCUCCCGUGGUCCCAGCAGGCAGCACUGGGAGGUUGCUUCUGCUCACUCUUGGCAGGAUGUGUGAUGACACUGGAUUUUGGAAAGGGAAAGGGGGGAAAAGGGGGACAAGCAUUGCUGCAGGGUUCUGAUGGA